ACCAAAACCACUGUUCACUGAAUUUCAAAGUCACAAGGUUUCAGUUGGUCUAACCAAGAUUCUUUAAGUCCCCUGUUACCGUAAUUCUUGUCCCCAAACUACCCGAAGUCUGACUAAAGACUGUCAUUACGCGGUGAAAAGGAGUCAAAACACAAUUUUACAGAUCCGUGUGGCUUUCGAGCACAUUCCUCCAAGAUGAGUUUCUCGAAUUUUCGACAUAACUUGGUUGAACGUGAACGACCUGCUGCCACCACUAAAUAGCCAAGGCAACGGGCACUCCAAAUGCCAACACCAUCCUACCUCACAUUAAGGAGAUGUUGUGGGAAAGUAAUUGAGCUUGUACCCUGCGAUAGGCAUCCUACCAAACCGCAACAGCAUCCGUGCGCGCUAACACCCCUGCCCACUCACUCAGUCUCACCCCAGGACCAAGUCCUCUGUGACUAACUAACCCCUUCCCGGUGGAAUGGAGACCGUUGGGCAUAGCGAGAUGGCUUUGACAGACCUGUCCUGGGCGCCCGUGCGAUUGGAGGGAACGGAGCUUCUGGCCAAAGCCUGGUUCGGGGACACGCAGUACCGCGUGCUACUGAGUGAUCUGCGCUGCGUCUGGGAGGAGGACAUGCGCGCGGACGUCAUAGCAGACAGAGCUCAGGAGCUGAAUAAAAGGUUGCGUGCACCGGCUGACGCUGUCUUCUCCCACCUGCGUAGUGUGGCGCUGCCUCUUUUGUCUGGCCAAUCCCACGACACCACCGCCACCGCCACUGCAACUGCAGCCCACUUCACAGUCCAUAGUCAUGACGACAGGCUCACAGUGCGGCUCAAGAGUGAGCUGGUGGGGGUGCCAUUCCACUGGGAGUUCCGCCUCCGCCCCGCCCCUGUCACAGUGGUGUGCAAGCAGCUAGUGCGCCCUCUGCUGGUGAUGACCCGGUUACUGCAGCGGCAAGUGACAGAUCUGAGUGGGCUACUGGGGAGGAAGGAUGCUGAGAUCCAGGAUUAUAAGGAGAACGGAGCCACACUGACCAGAGAAAGGCUACUGACUGAUGCGUUUGAUGAGGACAGAUACAGACAGAACUUCCUUUCACAGAUGCUACCUCAGCUGGGUGCCUUACAGGAGUGCGUUGACUUCGGUCCGGAGCUGCAGGCGUUAUACACGGCCGUUAGCUGCAGCAGUAGCACUCAGAGAGGAGGAGGCGGCGCACGCAAACGCCGACGCUCCAGCAGCUCAGCACACACACCUACAGAAGAGGAUGACGAUGCAACACUCAUACCGGACCAGGCGGCUGGAGCCAACACACACAUGCACCAAGAUGCAGGCGUCCGCGAUGCAGGCAUCAGGAGCAGCUCAAGUCAGAGCCUGACACCCAGUCUGUUGGACCAGAACCCUGAGGAACGGGGCAGUAGGGGGGCGAGUGGAGAACCUCAGAACGCAGAGGGCGAGCAGACGGUGCCCCAGAUGCCUGUGCCUUCCCAUCGCCCCGCGGCACCUGCCGCCCUGGCUCGGCCCAAGAAGAAGAAGGAGAAGGGGCUGUUCCGAUGAUGGACGGGAGAGGAGGGUGGGGGUGUGGAUAGGGAUAGAGAUAGGGAUGGGGUCAGUCCAGUCGGCUGAGGAUCUCAUCUCAAUCAUGCACUGGAUAAAACACUUACUAUGGACGGACAUAGGGACUGGUAACGGCUCCUCAAACACACCCUUUCUUUCUUUUACACACACACACACACACACACACACACACACACACACACACACACACACACACACACACACACACACACACACACUAAAGUCAGGACAAAACUGUCCCUUUUUUUACAUGAUUGAAGCCUAAGGGUGACUGUCUGCCCUGUCCAAAUACUUUUCUAUCUUGUCGUUUUUAUUAUUUUAUUUUUUCCUACAUCUACAAUGUGUGUAAUUUUUAUGUGUUUUUGAUAGGGUGUCUUGAUUUAUUUUAUGUGACUAUGGUGUUAUAUAAUAAAAAUGCAUUUCAAAUGUUUGAA